AUGGACGGAUUCCGCCUGCCCCCACUGAUAGAGGAGAUUGUUGACCCCUCUGGUGAUCUUUGUGAGCUUAAAGAGGAGAAGCCAAUCAUGUUGGGUGAGAUGUUGACAGCCAAAGAGCGUCAAUCCUUGGAUGAGAAAGACAUGCCAAUGGAUGAGGAGAAAGAGGUUAAGGAGGAGAAAUGUGAAUAUACAGUGGAAACACCCGAAGAAGAAAAGAGUGAGGAGCAGGAGGUGGAGGAACUCAAGGCACAGGUCGUGCAACAACUACUAGAGCUGGAGGAGACAAGGGAAGUGUCCCAGAGGCACGAGGAGAGUUUUUUGGAACUACAAGGUUUACUAGAGGAUGAAAGGCUAGCGAGUGCCCAUCAAGCCGAGACCUUCACAAGACAGAUUCAGAGACUUCAAGCUCAACUGCGGAGUGUGCAAGAGGAGAUGGACAGCCUGGAGGAGGAGAAGGAGAGUGAGCAGGAGGAGGCGCAGGAGGAGCUGCGUUUGGCUCAGGAGGAGGUGCUGUUGCUGCAGCAGGCGGCUGAAGAGGCAGCAGCUGAGAGAGAGAACGACAUCGCCUCCUUACAGGAGGAGUUAUGUCGUGUCCGAGCAGAACUCCAGCGCCUGUAUGUCACCACUGAAGAGUAUGAGCUGGAGAUCACCUCUCUGAAGGCGGAGAUCUCUAUGAAGAGCCAAAGCCCCACAACCGAAUCACAAGGAGACAUUACAUCACUGAAGGAUGAGGUACAUUUUCUGAAAGAUCAACACAAGUCAUUAACUAAUGACAACAAAAUGCUUUGUCAUCAAGUGGAGCACUUACAGCAGGAGCAAAGAGAGCGCCAUGAUGAAGAUGUCUACUUGGCCGUUCGAGAGGAGGGCUCCUCUAACAACAAGAGGGAAAAUCCACUGAAGCCUGACGCAUAUAUUACUCUGCAUCAGUCUGGUCCUGAACACAAUGAAGUGCCAAAGGACAACAUUCAAACUGUCAGCGACCUGAAGGAGCAGCUGAAACGAGCAGAGGAGAUGGCUUUGAAAGUGCAGAAAGAAUGUAACUCCUUAAAGGGGGAGCUCGCUGAGCUGCAGCAGCUCUAUGACAUCAGCCAGCGUGAACGAGCCUCUAUAGAGCAGGAGUUACAGAAAUGCAAGACACAACUUCAGAAACUAGCAGGAACUAAAUCCAAGACAGAGGUUGAAGGCUGGACACUGGCUGUGGCCGCGGCCGCGGUUGCUGUUGCAGCGAUAGCAGCUCUGGUCAUUCCCAGUUUGACCAGAAGUUGA